UAGCAACGAACGAAGUUCCCAUACUUCCAAAUGGUCGUAAAUCGUAUAUAUGCUUUCGUAGCAACUGCCAACGGCCUCUCCCUGCGAAAAAAGGAGAAAGGCAAGGAACGAGUUUUGAGUUUAAUGAAUUUCUCCCUGAAGCUGCGACGUUUCCCCGCUCCGUCGACAGUGAAGCGCCGAAGGAACGUUCCUCUCAUUCCCACCGUCGCCAUUCUUCUCAGCUGGCUUAGGGACAUCGAAGCAGAAGAAAGAAACAAUGGGGUCAAGAAACACUGAUUCUUUUCAACUGGGGAGGAGCCCUUCCAUCAAGUCAUGCUUCCCCGACACAAAAUCGACGGAGGGUUCAGAGUACAGAUCCGAUCUUAGGUCGGCCCUCCACCUCAAGUCGUAUUCCUGCGAUGUGAGGGAUCUCUCUUUCCCAAACUUCUCUCCCAUGUCUUCCCUGCCUCCACAUCGCUCCUCUAAUGUCGUAAUGUAUGACAACGCACUCUACACCAAUAAUCGGGCCCCAAAUUUGGAGCCCUCGUGUUCGCCUUUCUCAGGGGUACGGCGAAGCCUGGACAUUAAUCACCCUCGCGCUUCCCCUGCUCGGAACUCCGGGGAAUGUAAGGUCGCUGGGUUCGACCCUCUCCUGACGUUGCAGGCCUCUAAUGAGAAUUCCGCGCUAGAGAUGACGGCUCCAAGAGACAACAAAUAUGCAGAUGGAGCCAAGUUAGCCUUAGGGGACAAAAGAUUCAAGGGCUAUCCUAGGCACGUUCCGCUUUACCUUGCUGCGCUUAAAGGCGAUUGGAAGACGGCUAAGGCUUACCUGCAAUGGCACCCCACGUCGAUUCGUGCUUACAUCACAAGGGGGCUAGAAACUGCGCUUCACAUUGCAGCUGGCGCGAGGCACAUUGUGUUUGUUAGGAAGCUGGUUAAGAGGAUGACGGCAGAUGACUUGGCCCUGCAGAACAAGGUAGGGAACACUGCGCUGUGUUUCGCUGCAGUCGCUGGUGUCACGGAGAUCGCCAAAGUGUUGGUGAACAAGAACAGAAGCUUGCCACUACUUAGAGGCAGUAAAGGAGCGACGCCUCUCUACAUGGCUGUGCUUUUGGGGAAAAGAGAUGUGGCUUGGUAUCUUUACUCUGUUACAGAAGACAGUGCUCUUUCUGGAGAGGAUCGAAUUGGACUUCUUGUGGCUGCUAUCACAUCCGAUCUAUUUGCAUUUGUUUCCACCAGAUCUAGCUUUGGCACUGCUCCGUAACCAUCCUGAAUUAGCUACAACUCGAGAUGCAAAUGGCGAAUCAGCUCUUCAUGUGUUGUGCCGAAAGCCAGGUGCAUUUUACAGUGGAACUCAAUUGGGCAUUUGGAGGAGAUGCAUCUAUUCAUGUUAGUUGCACCUUCCAAGUUCUGCACUAUUUACACAUAUCAUUGUUCUACUAUCAGUAAGAUGGCUUAUGUGGCCCCCUGUGAUGAUGCCAUGGUGAUCAUGUUCCAGUAAUUACGUUCCCAGGAUUAUCGAUUUGCAUCCCAAAUUGGAGUAGUUUCCCCAUUAAAACAAUGUGAAUUCCUCUAAUUGAAGGUCAGAAAUGCUUUAGAUGCUUAAUAUUUCUGAGUAUUACUUCGUGGAAUGUUGAAGGUAUCCAGGUGCCAUUUAUGGGGUCCUCUGGUUCUAUGCAAGAUGAUCGUCUAGGCCGACGUAUUCUCCGAGCGAUAGGAAGAAGUGUCGCUCAUCUUGUCCCAGAUGCAAAUUUGAUAUACUACAUGAAGCUCAGUCACACUCAAGCCCUUGAGCUGGCAAAGCGACUUUGGGAUCUGAUAUUGCAUCUAGACAAUGCGAGUGUUAAAGAGUUCAUCAGGACACCCACACGGCUGCUUUUCACAGCUGCAGAGCUCGGAAUGGUAGAGUUCUUAACCAUUCUGAUUCGCUCCUAUCCUGACCUGAUUUGGAAGGUUGACGAACAUUCUAGAAGCAUAUUCCACACGGCAGUGGUGCAUCGACAAGAAAAGGUCUUCAGUCUUAUCAAUGAGAUAGGAGCACUGAAGGACUUUAUAGCUAUUUAUAAGGAUGAAGAGAACAAUAACAUGUUGCACUUGGCUGGGAAGCUUCCCCAUCCAAGUCGACUGAACACGGACAAUGGUGCAGCUUUGCAGUUGCGACGUGAGAUAUUAUGGUUCAAGCAGGAAGUGGAGAAAAUUGUGCAACCGCUAUAUAGCGAGAUGAAGAAUGCAGAUGGGAAAACUCCUCACGAUCUGUUUGCAACAGAACACAAAAAACUGGCAAGAGAUGGGGAGAAGUGGAUGAAGGAAACUGCAUCUUCCUGCAUGGUCGUCGCAACCCUCAUCACCACCAUGAUGUUUGCAGCGGCUUUCACUGUUCCUGGUGGAAACGACCAGGAUACAGGCAUGCCCCUUCACCUCCACACCAAGUCGUUCUUGAUCUUUGUUAUAUCCGAUGCACUUGCUUUGGUCUCUUCGGCGACAUCCAUCUUGAUAUUCCUGUCCAUGCUGACCUCACGAUAUGCUGAAGAGGACUUCCUCUCCUCGUUACCAAACAAGCUGCUCACCGGGCUUCUCACCCUUUUCAUCUCCAUCGCCACCAUGAUGAUGGCCUUCAGCUCCACCCUUUUCAUGACCCUUGGCUAUAGUUAUACAUGGACUACUGUGACCAUCACAACCGUUGCUUGUGUCCCUGUCUUGAUGUAUGCUUUCCUGCAAUUCCGUCUCGUCGCUGACAUCAUUAGUCAUUCUUAUACCACCAGUAUCUUCUUCCACCCUAGAAACUGUUUGCUGGGCUGAUAAGAGAAAACAAUAAGCACCAUUUUUUAACAUCGCCCAUCAAAUAUGACCAUCAUUGUAAAGGUUUAUACAAUGUAUAUAACAAUUUUGAUACAAGUACAUAGAGACACAAAUUCAGCCGAGUCAUGGUGUUCAUCUUCCCUUCUUUGCUCCAAACAACAUCUUUUGCACACAAGAAAUUCAAGGCUUCCAUUAAGCUCCGAUCCUCUUUCUGCUCCAGCUUCAUUUGGUGUUCUCCAUCUUCUCUUAGUGCUUACAGGCUAUAAGCUCUAUAAUCAAGUAAACUCCUUGCUGCCUUUCAAGCUUCAAACUCAAGCUCUUUUUUGGCUUCAAAUUUCUGACUUUCUUCCACAGCUUCGUCUUCCUCAGCACGUCGGCGA